AGAAGAAGAACGUCAUGACGUAAAUUCAGAAUCUGACAGAAAAACUCACAACAGUUUACUCAGUCCAGGUAAUAGUCAUAAUCAUUAAGACAAACUGGAAGAUACGGACGUAUCUAAGAAUAUUACACAGCAUGGACUUUAUGUAAAUAUCGUUACAGCAAGAUGUGAAUUGACCCAGGAGAAAAUACCGACUGAGACCAAAGACGACAUGUUGGUUCGAAACAUGAGAGAUGGGACCCCUCAAACCACCGGCCGUGCCAAGGUGUCCCAUGCAGUUGUGGUCAUCUUUCUAGAGUUCUUUGCUUGGGGGCUGCUUACAACACCAAUGCUGACUGUUCUUCAUGAAACAUUCCCCCAGCACACAUUUCUCAUGAAUGGUCUAAUUCAAGGUGUUAAGGGGUUGCUGUCUUUCCUGAGUGCCCCUCUGAUAGGUGCCUUAUCAGAUGUUUGGGGCAGGAAGUCCUUCCUGCUGGUUACAGUGUUCUUCACCUGUGCCCCAAUCCCCCUAAUGAGGAUAAGCCCAUGGUGGCAUUUUGCCAUGAUAUCAGUCUCUGGCGUCUUCGCUGUGACUUUCUCUGUAAUAUUUGCAUAUGUGGCUGACAUCACUGAAGAACAUGAAAGAAGCACCGCAUAUGGACUGGUGUCAGCAACGUUUGCCGCCAGUUUGGUCACGAGUCCCGCCAUCGGUGCCUACCUUUCUGCAAAUUACGGCGACAGUUUGGUGGUGCUAGUGGCCACUAUCAUUGCAGUGGUGGAUAUCGCCUUUGUCCUUUUGGUCGUGCCAGAAUCUCUCCCAGACAAAAUGAGACUGAUGUCCUGGGGGUCGCCUAUCUCCUGGGAGCAAGCUGACCCCUUUGCUUCUCUUAGGCGAGUGGGAAAGGACCCGACAGUGUUGCUUAUAUGUGUCACAGUGUUCCUGUCCUACUUGCCAGAGGCAGGCCAGUACUCCAGUUUCUUCCUCUACCUGCGACAGGUUAUUGAAUUCUCGCCUGCGACAAUUGCUGCUUUUAUAGCAAUGGUCGGGAUCCUCUCUAUUAUCGCUCAGACAUUGCUCUUAACAUAUUUUAUGAGAACUAUCGGGAAUAAAAACACAGUGUUACUUGGACUGGGGUUUCAGCUGUUCCAGUUAGCCUGGUAUGGCUUUGGAUCAGAACCAUGGAUGAUGUGGGCUGCGGGUACAGUCGCAGCCAUGUCCAGUAUCACCUUCCCUGCAGUCAGUGCUUUGGUGUCCCGGAUAGCAGCCUCUGAUCAGCAAGGAUGUGUCCAGGGAAUGAUUACGGGUAUCAGAGGCCUAUGCAAUGGGCUGGGUCCAGCUCUGUACGGCUUCAUAUUCUUCCUGUUCAACGUGGAGCUGAACGAGCUUGACCCUAUGACAGGAAGAAACAAAAGCACAUCUCAGGAGCCCAGCGAGAAACAGACCAUUCCCGGUCCGCCCUUCCUGUUCGGAGCCUGUUUAGUGUUGCUGGCUCUCCUUGUGGCCAUCUUCAUCCCUGACCACCACAGUAUGGCAGUGAAGACCUACACGGACACGCGCAAAAUCAGCACCAGCAACAACCCAGAGUUUAAACCCCUGCCUGCCAGCGAAGAGGACAUAGAGCCUCUCCUGCAGGACAGCAGCAUGUGACUGAAAGAGACUCCAACAUGAGCCCCCCUAAUGGCCCCUAAACUACAACCUCAACCAGCAGCAGCCGACAUGGAGCCAUGCAGGGUAUAUCCUUCAACCACGUUGAACACAGUUCUGUUUCUACGAUUAGGGAUCGGUCUUUUGUCCAGCGAGAUGGUUUUAUCGUUUACUGUGAUUUUACAUUGCGACAAGGACAGAAACACUUCUUAAUGCACCGGGUUGAGUGACAAUGUGUUUUGGUGUCAAACAUUGGCCUAGACAGUGUUUGUGGAGUUGAAGAGAUGACCGUAAGCUCUGCUGGUUUCUCAUAUGCUUAAAGAACCCCCCUCCUAUUAAUGGGUUUAAAAUGCCAAUCAAUGCCCACUCCAGCUUUAUGUUAAUAAAAUAUUGACCUGUA